AUGUUACCGAGCAUAAAGAGUUACAAGGAGAAUAGGUCUUCGCAUAGAUUAAAUACUGAAGGGACAUGCAGAUAUCCAAGGAGCAACUCAUUUUUGGGACAAAUAUCUCGAGAGCCAAUAAAACAAAGAUUAUGCAAGAGGGAUCCAUUAAAAGAAUUGCAGUCCUUUGAUAAGGAAAUAAAAUUGUUGGAACAAUAUGAGAAAAAACUAGAUGCAGCAUUUAUAGAGAGAUUGAGAGUGCAAUUGUAUUGGCUUAAAAUGUGA